UUGCAUCACAUACUCCUUGACAGCCGUCAACAGCAACGAUAAAAGAAUCCAAAUCGGGUGGCUGAAAAGCAGGGAUUAUUUAAAACUGUUCAACAAUUUUCGUUCGUGGGGACUCCAAUAUAACGCAAAUUCUAAGCUUGUGUUUUUUUCCGAUCCAUCGUAGCGAAUACUGUUGAACAAUGCCAACGAUGCUGGAAAUAGAUGGCAACGGCAAUGAGCACGAAGCAAACCAAUGGAUCCGAUUUGGUCUUCGACUAGGAGUAACCACCGCUCUACAUCCUUUCGAUUACGCCAAGGUGCUAAUGCAAAUUGGAUUUGAACCAAUCGACCCGCGGCCUGGACGAACACUACUGGGAAAACCAACUCUUAUACUGCCUAACGUAUUCCAGUAUGCCGCUUACAUUAAGCGCGUUGACGGUUUUGCGGGUUGCUUCCGCGGUUUGAGCGCCAAGAUAAUUGGCAAUAUCUUCAGCGCUCAUUACAGCGAAAAGAUUGCCGACGAGCUUGGUCUGGAAGAGGUACACGACACAGAUGUGAAACGUAAAACGAAUGACGAACAAGUAGAUAAUACGCAAUUGGAUGAGCAGUUCAAAAAACAAUUGAAGCGCAACUUGGUGGUUCAUACAGCCGGCGUGGUUAUUUCGCAGCCAUUCCAUGUUAUCUCCAUCCGGAUGAUGGCCCAGUUCGUUGGACGAGAAAAGCUUUACUCCGGCGUAUGGCAAUCGAUACGGGAAAUUUGGUCAGAGGAGGGGAUAUUCGGCUUUUUUGCUGGUUUCGUACCACGGCUGUUAUGUGAUUUGGGCUGCCUCAUCGUUUCUAGCUCAGUGACUUAUUUGGCUAGCAGAUAUAUUAUCAAAGAACACGAGGGUCGUGUGUAUUUUUCGAGCAUUUCGCAGUUCGUUGCAUCAAGCAUGUUCUAUCCGUAUCAUGUAGUAUCUACAUGCAUGAUUGUUAAUGGAUCGAGAUUGAAGGCAGGUAGCUUGCCUAACAUGGAGCCCUAUCGAGAUUGGCGAGAUUGCUAUGCAAAACUGAGAAAAGCGGGAGAGCACAAACGGGGAAGUUCGUUAUUCUUCAGAUACGCAUCCCAACCAGCGAGUGUUGUAUUUAACCGUGCGAUCGCGCCGUAUCCGGAAUUGAAGAAAUAAUGUAUAUUGUACACAAACUGAAAGAAUGAACCUAAAGAAAUUUAGUCAGCGAUAUGCCAAGCAACAAUGAACCUCUACAAUUUCAAUAAAUUUUAACAACUGUUUAUGAAUAGAGGAUCUUCAUUGUUUAUUGAAUGAUUGUCAUCACCCUAAACAACGUACUAAAGCAUUUUCAUUAACAUUGUUGCUUAAUUAUACUUUUCUCCCGAACGAUGUUUCAAACUUUAAUGAUUGUUACGAAUGUUUUGUGUAACAUAGUAUUAGCUGUAGAACGAGAAAUUCAAAUUGUCAUUAAAUUAACCAAGAUUCUGAAAAACAUCAA